AUGGAAGACGAGACGGAGAAAGACCUGGUGGGGCUUGUUUUGUCAGAACUUGAAAUGUCCAAGGAAUAUAUUAGGGGCAAAUUUAAAGGUACAGGAAAGGGCGGCAAAGGUGAAGAAGAAAGGAGGGACCAAACAGGGGGAGAACCCAAGGAGGUUUACAAAAACUACGACAAGAUAUUAACCAGCAUUGAGGACAAAAUAGCUUUUUAUAAAAACUUGAGCGACGUGGAAAACGAAAAAAAGGGACACACUCAAAAGGGGGAAAACGGCCCCACUGAGCAGCGCUACCAAAGGACAGCGAGACGAAGGGACAACUUUUUCGAAGAAUACGAAAAAAACAAAUCCAGUCUUCAGAAAAUGAAGAAGAAAACCAUUGCAGGGUACACAGCGGAAGGAAAUGCCAUAAUUAUAAACAAUGAUAAAUUUUGCAAAAUGUUCCUUAAUUAUAAUUUGUCUAGUGAUCGGGAAAAUGGAGUGCAGGAUGGGCGCUCGAAUGGAACUGUCCAGGGAGGGGACGACUUAAGCGAACUGUCCUGCUCAAGCUCGAGCGUCGUUUCGCUACACAGUUUUGUAAAAAGUGAAAAGGCUAAACGGAUAAGAAGCAACAGGGAAGCAUACGUAAAGCAUAAAUAUCAUGAUCAUGCAUUUGUUAAUCACAAAUUGUAUCCCUGCAGUGACUGCUCGUCCAGUUCGUUCAGCUGGUAUAGCGAUGACUAUGACGAUCUGUUCUACUACUCUAAUUUGUUAAAGGAGGACAAACGGUUGAGAAAGCACUCCGUAGGGGAAGCAGCAGGGGAGGAGGGUAAGAAGAAGAACAAGGAUAAGCAACAGUGUAAACAAAAGAAGCGCGUAGAAAAACAGGACAAGCAGCUCGAACGUGAUGCUGCAAACGAAUCCCCCUUCUACAACUACAUCUACUUCAAGUUAGCUGAAAAGGACAAAAGGAAAAAAGCCUACCCCGUUUUUGUAAACACCAUAAAUGGAAAAAAAAAAAUGUAUAAUUUAAAAAAAAUUUGCAAACUUACACAUAAAAAGAAUUCCAACUCUGUUGAUGCAAAUAAGUAUGAAUUAGAUGAUGCGCUAUUCAGUUACAAAAAGUGUAAGUUACUUCCAUCCGUUAAGAAUGAAACGAAGAGCAAAGGAACUCAGCUCAUGGAAAUGCACUCCAAGGAUGUGUUGAAGAGAAAGCACUUUGAUUCUGAUGAGAUAAACUACGCAAUAGACAAAAUUAUACAUCAGCUGGGAAAAAUCUCCAGCUCCGAAAAAGAAGACAAAAAAAAGUUCAACCACUCUGACCACUUCAACAACAUUAUUAACAAAAAUAAGGAGUUUUUAAAACGGGAAAAAAAUUUUACCUUCCAAAAGUUGUGCGAAACUGAGAAGAUAACGCUAAAAGUAAAAAUCAUCGGAACUGAUGGGAAGGUGAUCAAGAAUAAAAGUCUGGAUAAUGUUCUAAUCAACAAGAACAAAACCUUCGGCGAUUUGGCCACCCACCUGGGCCACUCGUUCAAGCUACCCAAGGACAAAAUAGAAAACAUCAAAAUGUAUUUCGACGGGGAUUUAUGUGAUAAGGGUCUUACAUUUGAUAAGGAAGAACUGGGGCUGGAAGAUGGCUUCCAAAUAGACGUGAAGUUUCCCCUGUCCGACGAUAAUGCUAUUAAGGAAGACGAAGCGAACCUCAGUGAUGACAACUAUGUGCUCUACCUACCGGACUCGUACGUCAUUGAUUAG